UGUGGAGGGUUGUGGAGUUGAAACACUAAAAGUUCUCGCAGUACUGAUGCUGGCUGGACCACCGCUGCUCACUGAAGAGCGACUGUAGUGGGUGCUGUUAGUGUGAGAGUCCGCAGGCUGAACUUGCGUGGAAAGGAGCGAGAGAGAGAGAGAGAAGCUGUGCGUGCAAUCUCUCCCCGGCAGAGAGCGACCCGCUCCACACACACACACACACACACACACUCAUACUGGGGUCAUUCUGCUUCCAGGCUGCGUGGAGUGUUUUGUCCCGCACCCCCGUGCACACCGCACAUGAACAGUCUGCGGGACGUGAGCGGACCUCUCCUACCUGUGCGCCUUGAGCGUGCGUCAACGCGAAACUCUGCCGUGUAAUUGUUUCCUCCUCCGCGUGUGUCCGGUGCUGUUGGAUUACGGGGAAUCGCGUCACUCUCGCGGUCAUGGAUUUAUGGAUAAAGUUGACGCUGUUGUGCAGCUGCUGCUUUGGAGCAAGUGCGGACUUUGAUGGCAGGUGGCCACGGCAGAUGGCCUCGUCCAAUGGCCUGUGUCGAUAUGGAGGCCGGGUGGACUGCUGCUGGGGAUGGACACGCCGCUCCUGGGGUCACUGCCAGCCUCUCUUCGCCUUAACUCACAGAGUAGUCGGGAUAAGGUGCCAGCCCCAAGCUGUGUGCCAGCCUGGCUGUAAACACGGAGACUGCGUGGGACCCAAUAAGUGCAAAUGCCACCCAGGCUUCACUGGCAAGACUUGCAAUCAAGAAGAAGAGUUGGACUAUUUAACACCUCCAGUGUGGGACGCUCACUUCCCCCUCUUUCCUCCCGUGGACCAUCAGCCAGCGACAGUAGUGAUGGAGGACCUGAAUGAGUGUGGGCUGAAGCCGAGGCCUUGUAAACACAGGUGCAUGAACACAUAUGGGAGCUACAAGUGCUACUGCCUAAACGGCUACAUGCUGAUGCCUGAUGGGACAUGUGGAAAUGCUCGCACCUGUGGCAUGGCCAACUGCCAGUAUGGCUGCGAGGUGCUUAAAGGAGAGGUCCGAUGUCAGUGUCCGUCACCGGGGCUCCAGCUGGCUCCAGAUGGAAGAACCUGUGUUGACGUGGACGAGUGUGCCACAGGAAUCGCCGUGUGUCCCAGGUUCAGGAAGUGCAUCAACACCUUUGGUAGCUACAUCUGCAAGUGCCACGAGGGCUUUGACCUGCAAUACGUCCGAGGGAAGUACCAGUGCACAGAUGUGGAUGAGUGCUCUUUAGGUCAAAGCCACUGCAGCAGAUUUGCCACCUGCUACAACACGCCAGGCUCCUACAAGUGCAAAUGCAAAGAAGGUUACAGGGGGAUGGGCCACGACUGCAAACCCAUUCCUAAGGUAGUUAUUGACCCUCCGAGACCAGGCAAACUGCCUUCAAAUCAUCACAACUACAUCCCCGACGUGGAUCAGAGAAGGACCACCACCACCACCACCCUCCGCCCAACAGAGCCUCCAAAGAGGAUCUUCCCGAUGAUCCCCAAGUCAACAACUACAACCACAACAGCAACCACGACCAAGGCACCGCCACCUCCACAGAGACUCACCCCACCGCCACGCAAGACACCACCUCCCACCAGGAGGCCAUUCAUCCCCACCAGGAAGCCUCCAGUUCCCACAGGCAAGCCGUACAUCCCACCAAAGCCAGUCGCUCCCACCAGGCCCCCAGCAACAGCAGCACCACCUGUGACUCCUGUGGACAACACCAUCCAGAAGGAAGUCACCAAGCAGAGAGGAGACGUCCACAUCCCUCGGAACCACGACCACAACACUGUCCUCGGCGUCGACUUUGACAUCGAGCUGGGCAACACAGCAGACGAAGCCAAAGACGACCCAGAGUCAGGGUAUCUGAGCUGCUCCUUUGAUGACGGUCUUUGUGGCUGGAUCAGGGACAAAGAUGGAGACCUGCACUGGGAGACGACACCUGAUCCAUCAGGUGGACGGUACCUCACUAUACCUGAGGUAGGAAACAAAAGGACCGGACGAGGAGCCCGACUGGUCCUUCCACUCACCCCACCCUGGAAUGAUGGCAACCUGUGCCUGUCUUUCCGACACAAGCUGGCAGGUCACCAUGUGGGCAUGCUGCAAGUGUUUGUGAAGAAGGGAAAGCAGUACAGUCCGGCAGUCUGGGGCCGGACAGGUGGAAAUGGCUGGAGACACACCCAAAUCACAUUAUGGGGCACGGGCUUAGAAAGUGUGAUCCUGAAGGGGGAGCGUGGGCGAGGCAGGAGCGGCGAGAUGGCAGUGGAUGACAUCACCCUGAGGAAAGGCUCCUGCACAGAGGAGCACAAUCUGAGGAGACUCUAACUGACACAACAGAAAAUGCAGAAAGAAAAACAUGAGGGAAAAUCAUCUCAAAGAGAAGUGACUCUGUUCUGACAACACUCUGCCUGGGCUCUCACUGAUCCCUGUCCAACCCCCCACCCUCUCUCUCUCCCAGCCGUCCUUUAACGAUGUCCAAAAAAAUUGUGCUUCUGCAGAACAGUGGCUUUUCUCUUUCUCUGAAUAAAGGGAUUGCUCCAAAUCUCGAGGGCCGACCCCAGCAGCAAACACCUCUCUUAUCAGCCUCUCUCCCGCUCCUUCAUCACCGUGUUAGUCUGAAACCUGGUCAUACCUAUUUACUCUGGAAGUGUCGUCUCCCUCACACAGCUCUGGCCGCCCUCCAGCCACAGCGGUGAGAAGCCCCGCUCACUUCUUUUCAUCCCGGGGACAGUAUUGUUCCCUCUGCUCUUUCUUUGCUUUGAUCCUUUACACCUCAAGCCAAUACUUUUUUCUUUAUGCAGCCAGAGGUGCAAUUUCAAGAUGUUUUGAUCCGCAAAAAAUGAGAGGUAGUACGCCCACCUUUGAUAUAUUAUAGUCAAAGUAUUAAAUAUUUGAGAGGGACCUAUCAAUUGAAAUACAAUGUUUAAAAUGAUCAUUUCUUUAAUUUAUUAUCACUGGAAAAUUGAGAACUUGUGAUUUUGUUCCUUUACAUUACACCAGAGUGGACCCUCUUCCAUGGAGUCAAUCAAUGUGGACCACGAUGUUAGUUUUCCAAAGGUAUUUGCAAUAUGCAACCUCACCCCUAGAUGCCACUAAAUCCUAAACGCCGGUCCUCCAAAAAGAUGCUUCAAAGUCCUGCGGGUUAAGCCUGCUUCGUUUCUUCUGCUUUUCACUUUUCUGCUUCUUUUCAACGGCACAGUUUUGACUGAAAGAUGUUUUUUUUUUUUUCUUUUGUCCCAGUAUUUUAAAGUUCAGUUCAGUUGAAGAGAGUCUGAAAACAAGCAUUAUUUUCACCACUGAUCUGUUCUCGAAGCCUCAAAAAGUUGAACCAACACUUCACUGUCACGUUUUUCAGAUACUUGAAAUGUGUCAAACAGCCUCCGUGUUUGAUUUGUGACACUCGCAAGUCAACCCGUGCUCUCAGUCACACAGUAUGUGCUUUGAUUUAUUCAGUGCAGUCCGUCAUCAAGACGACGCCACCGACUUUCUAGGCUUUCACAAUUUGUAUUAUUGUAAAUGUAGUUGCGUGUGUACAUACUCUCAAAUGCCAUUUGUUGUGCGGUUUAUACGUUAUGUUAUUUCACUUAUGAAUAGUAAUUGGAUUUCCAAACGGUUCAGUAUUUAAACCUAUAAUUAAAGAACAUGUAUACGGAUGAAACCCUGUGUCGUGCAAGGCAGUGUUAAGUGCACAAAAUGUGUCUGUCGUGAUAUGGUUCUGUGCUCCGUGUGUAACUUGCAAAGCACGUAGUUGCAUAUUGUACGCUGUGGACAUUGAAGGGCAUCGGCUAGACUUUAGAGGUUGUCUGUAUGCAUUGGUGCAUUAACCAGGUUCCAAUUUAUUUAGACCAGUAUGUAAAUAAAAAACAUUUGACUGAUA